GAAAAGGACAACACGCGGCUGUAUAUAAUAAGCCUCCAUCUCUAGCCUGUCUGGAAAAGAAAACAGAGCAUCGAUCCAUCCAUCGCUCGCCGCCAUGAACAGGAAUUUGAAGAACGCCGUGAUCGCGUUCCUCGUUCCGCUCCCUUCAAUUCUCUUCUACCUCUCCUUCCUCCGCAACUUCGAAUCCGCCGCCAUUGCAGACGGCUCCGGAGCAGCCGCUCUCUCCCCUGUCUGGGCAUGGUGCGCUACCCACCCUCUUCUGCUCGCCAACGUCCUCUUCUUCUUCAACGUCAAUGUCGUCUUCUGGGUCGUCAGUCAGUGCAUUUCCAGCCACUGGAUGAUAGAUUUGUACUGGACGGUGAUACCAGUGAUGCUCGUAUACUACUACGCGAAUUUCCCGUUGGCCCAGUUCGACGGAUGGCGAUCGGGGACCGUUAUCGUCAUGACUUGGCUGUGGAGCUUGAGGCUCACCCACAAUUACUUGAGGCGGGAGAAGUGGCAGUUUGGCGCCCGGGAGGACUGGAGGUUCACUGAUAUGAGCCGUCAGUACGGCGGCAACUGGUGGUGGAUGUCCUUCUUCUCCGUCUACGUCUCUCAGCAGGUGUUCUUGAUGGGUAUAUGCCUGCCAAUGUACAUCAUCCACACAGUCGACAAGCCUCUGAACGUCUGGGAUUUCGCCGCGGUUGCAGUUUGCUUAACUGGGAUCGUCGUCGCCUACUUUGCUGAUACCCAGCUCCACGAAUUCGUCACGAGGAACGAGGUACUGGAAGGGCUCGGGAAACCGAAGGUGCCCAAUCUCGACAGAGGGAUGUGGAGCUACUCUCGCCAUCCGAACUACUUCGGGGAGCAGCUGUGGUGGUGGGGACUGGCUCUGUUCGCGUGGAAUCUCGGCCAUGGAUGGGCUUCAGCAGGCGCUCUCGUCAACAGUCUGUGCCUGGCCUAUGUCACCGUGCUUGUGGAGAGGCGGAUGUUGGAACAGGAGUAUAGAGCGGAGGCUUAUAGGUUGUAUCAGAAGACUACUUCGGUUUGGAUCCCCUGGGUGAAGUCGUCUGCGUUCGCGGCGAAAGAUAAGAGCACUUGAAUCUGAUCCAGGCGAUGUUUUCAUGUCAGUGGUUAUGGUUUAUCUGGAAGAAGUUGUUACUGUUUUGGACUAUUGCUGCUGCUGCCAAGCAGGUGUUGUUUGUAUGAAGAUGUGUAUGAAUUUAGUUCAGUUUCUGUUAUCAAGCUGAUCAAUAGACAUAAUAACUGACAGAAAGCUUCACCCUCAAGGCACAAUGACCUAUA